GCCAGGGAUAAAGUGUGGGAAGAUUUUUCUCUAGUCAAAGCUCACUUUUCUUGCUCUUUACAGUUUAAAGAUUUAACAUCUUUAACUGCAUUGCUGGUGAUUUUUGAUUUUUAAUCAUUUUCAUGGAAUGAUGCAUUCAUUUUUUUAUUAGCUUGCACACCAAUGGGGAGCGCUGCAGGGUAGAGCUGGCUACUAUCUUUGAGAAAUUCUUUUCGUCUGUUUCACAGACAUUAUUUGUCCUCUUUUUGUCUCAAGUUGGUGGAAGCCAUGAGUUCCUUGGUAAUGAACACAGGAGGAGACCAGAGCUUUGACCUCAUACAAAAUCGGAUUGAGUCACUGAACAGCAAGAUGGACAAGCUCAUCAACAUCCAAGAAAAGGUCCUCAACCGGCUCAAUGGGAUGUCUCAUGACAUUGAUGGCAUUGAAAAGGAUAUGGAGAAUCUCAAAGUUGACAAGGAGGAGAUCUAUCUCCCACCCAGGGUAGUGAACCAGACACAGGUCGUGGGGCGAGAGGUGAGGGAGAUAUGCCAGGAGAUGAGCACCAUAAUGUCGGUGGUUAACCAGCGGUCUGAGCAGCAGGCUCAGAAACUUGAGGGGAUGGAAAAACUGGUCCUCAGCAUGCAGCAGGUGAUUGGCUUCAUUGGCGAGACGGUGAAGAGCUCACGAGUUAUGGAAUUGAUGUUCAAAGGCCCUGCAGCCAAAAAGGGUGCCAAACCCAAAGACAAUAAAGGAAAACAAGCCAUUAAGAGGAAAUCAUGUACAGACACAAUAACCAAGAAGCUCGACAAGAAAACUACCUCUAAUAAAGCCAGUAAAGGGAAUCAAGAGAUAAAACCUGCAUGUGUGCCCAGUACUCUGCAGACUUCUCACAAGAUAAAACUCCACGGACCAAAGCAUUUCCUCGCCUCUCGCAAAUGUGGAAACCUUUUUAAAGACCACAAAGGCAAAGAUGGCACGGAGAAGCCCUGUUUGAGCCCUAAAGGUCUGAAAGCUCAAAAGAAGAAGAAGCCCCCAGACACAGCAGACCAUGUCUCCUUAAAGAAGCAGGUGCUGCUUUUAGAAGAGGUGCAGAAACUCAACAGGGAGAAUGAAGAGAAAUCAGGUCACCAGAUCACCGCUGGACAUCUGGAUCUGGAGGCAGGAGUACCUCCUAAAGAUGAACAACUUGACCCCCCUGGCUGCAACUUAGUGGACUACCUGCGGGAAGAUGCCCAAGUGUCUAAGGAUGAAAAACCUGAGUUAGUUGAAGGGGUUGGCGAAGAGGUAGAGGUUGGGGAAAAGGUGCCUGCGGGGGAUGCAGCGACUACAGAGGAGGAACCCAAGCUUGAUGCGGAAGAUGUGGUGAAAGAGAUAGAUGAAGGACAGCAGGAAGUCCAAGAGGAGGAGAAGAAGGAGAAGGAGGCUUCUUCUGCAGAAGAAGUAGCUGAAACACCAGAGCUCCCUGCUGCCCAUGAUGAUCAAAAAGAACUGACUGUGCCAAGCAGUGACGACCACAAAGUCGUCUCACCACCUCCAGAGGCUGAGCAGGACCAGGUAACCGAGGUCAGCAUAAGCACCAUGUCCUUUGUGGCUGAGGAACACUUUGUGAUGGAGGCACACACAAAGAGCCAGGCGGAGGAGAAGGAAGAGGAAGAGGAGAGGAAGGAAGACCACAAGGAGGUCGAACAGAAUCUCGAAUCUGAGGGCUGGGCCGUCUUCAGGGCAGACGGAGUUGAAUUCCAGUUAGACCUAAAAGAAAGGGUGGAGAGAGCGAGAAAGGAAAAUGAUGCAGAGAGUGAUGAGAAAAAGGAAGAUGACGACGACGAUGCAGAGCGGUACUUUAUUGACACCACUCCUCCUCCAGCAGCUCCAUUUAAUCACCGCAUUGUGUCGGCCAAGCCCAACCAGAUCUGCAACUUCUACACCAUCAACUGGCAAGAGGUCCUGGGCGGGGGUCGUUUUGGCCAAGUGCACAAGUGUGUUGAGAACUCCUCUGGUCUCACUUUGGCAGCGAAGGUCAUCAAAGCCAGGGCUCAGAAAGAAAAGGACGUGGUGAAGAAUGAGAUCCAGGUCAUGAAUAAUCUGGACCAUGCCAACCUGAUCCAACUCUAUGCAGCUUAUGAGUCAAGGAAUGACAUCAUCCUUGUACUUGAAUAUGUCGGUGGAGGGGAGCUGUUUGACAGGAUCAUUGAUCAUAACUACACUUUGAUGGAGCUGGAUGCCGUGCUGCUCAUCAGGCAGAUCUGUGACGGUCUGCAGCACAUGCACAAAAUGUACAUCCUACAUCUGGACUUAAAGCCAGAAAACAUUCUGUGUGUAAACAGAGUCACAAAUAAGAUCAAGAUCAUUGACUUUGGUCUCGCCAGGAUAUAUAAGCCAAGGGAGAAGCUGCGAGUGAACUUUGGCACCCCCGAGUUUCUGGCUCCUGAAGUGAUCAACUAUGACUUUGUGUCGUUCAACACAGACAUGUGGAGCCUCGGUGUCAUCACCUACAUGCUUCUGAGCGGUCUUUGUCCCUUCCUGGGUGAUGAUGACAACCAGACUCUGAAUAACAUCUUGGCCUGUCAGUGGAACUUUGACGAACCAGAGUUUGUAGAUACGUCCCAGGAGGCCAAAGACUUCAUCACCAGACUCCUCAUUGUGAACAAAAGUUGGAGGAUGGGGGCAGCCGAGGCCCUAAGACAUCCGUGGCUAGCUGACUCAGUCCUUCAUCAUCGACUUUAUACCAAGAAAACUAUGUGCAGAUCACGACGAUCAUCAUGUGUGCCCGUGACUGAUAGUUGAGGGCUCUACGAUGAUGUGAUGGCUCCAGCUGUGGCCUAUCGGACCAACCUUCCUGUCCAUGUAAAUGACCGAAAUUUCAGUCCAAGCACCUGUGGCACUGACUGAAAUUCUGGCCACCCCCAUAAACCUUUACCCUGACAUGUGAUCCACUGUGUUGUGUUAAUGUAAGCAAUAUACAAGAAACAGUUUAGGUUAAAUUAGGAUAUGAGAGUGGAUAGUUCCACCAUGCAUUAUACUGUACUUUCAUUAAAAAGAUCUGUAACUGUACUGUUACAAAAUAACAAAAACAUCUUAAUAUUAAUCAACCCAGUACAAUUGCUAAGCAGUAAAUGCUAACUUUUUGAAGCUUAUAAUGUUCAAUUAUUGUUGACACUUUGUCAAAGUAAUGCCAACUCAUCUGUUAAAGUUGUAGUGUGUGGUGUUUUACUGAAUUACUUUGUAAGGUGUUUCUGUUACUUUUUUUUCAUCCUCUUGAAUAUUGCAUUUCAAAAACAGUGUUAAAAUCAUAUUCUGACCUAAUUUCAUUUGACACGUACAGUAUUAUCACAUAUAUGAACUCAGUGUGGCACCUUUGCCUUGAUAGUUGAAUGUGCACAUUGUUCCUCUCUAUUUCACUUUCCACUCAGUGAUCCACCCUCACUCACUGUAUCUCUAACCAAAUACACUCUGUUGUUAGCUGCUGUUUUAAUUCUCUGCUGAUGGAUAAGAGCUUUAGAUAUUUAGAAAAAUACCUCAAGUGCCACUGUAAGAAUGCUACAGCAUGAUUCAUAUUAUGUGUUGGUAAUAAUCCGUGUGGCAUUUCUUCUCUCUCGCUUGCAAAUAGUUUCCAAUGUUCUUUUUUUGGGCUGUAAAUAGAAACUGAACUGUAAAUAUAACACGCAUACUGAAGUCAAACGCUAUUUAAGGAAAACACAAAAAAAUCCUAUCUAAGCAGAUAGACUCAAUAAAAAUGGUGGAUGUGUAUUGUGUGAAUGGACGGACUGGAAUUUGUGUUGUUGGUGUCAUAAGCUGUGGUAUGUGCACUUUAUAAUGUUAUUUAUUUAAACUUAGAUUAUACAUGAAGCUACCGUAGUUCCUCUGGAAAGGCUUGUAUGCUCGAUUCUCCAUCUGUUUCAGUCUGCUUUAGUCGUGUGUUUAUGAAGAAAUUAUAUUUUUACUUUAUAACAAAUAAUUCAAAAUACAAUUCAUGUCUUAUCAGCUAAAUGUAUUAUUUUAAUUCUUUGUUAAAUUUAGCAUAACUGUUAGGUGAUUGCUGAAGGUUGCAUGCCUUAAUGUAUUUUAUCAGCCAUUAAAACUUAAACUUGACACACAGAGUAAUACAAUUUUUUAACUUUUUUUUUUUUUUAACUGUACCGCAUGCUUGAGCUGUCCUACCACGCUGGUGCCACUCUUGCUGCGUGAUUAUGUUACCUUAUAAAUGCUUUUUCCACAUUAUAAAGUUAUCUUUGAAAUGCCUUCUGUGAAGGUUCACUAACUGAAAGUAAUACACUACCUACCUACUGUUGCCUAAGUUGAUGAAAUUUUGUUGGCACUACCCUUAUAUGGCUUUAAUUAAAUUUCAUGAUGAAUGUUGUUGAACACAGAGUGCCAGUAAAAUAAGUUGUUUUCACCGAGUGUGAACAAGUUCAAAAUCAGCAUGUAUUUUUGAAGUGUGUACACAGCCAUUAAACUGAAAUUGUGUCUUAAA